AUGGUCGCUCGAAUCUCCGCCAGCCAGGUGCCGGCCAUGUUCGCCCGCCGUCAGCCUAGAGUGCUUCAGACUGCUCGUCGCCUCCAAUCCUCCUCCGCCCCUCAGACCCAGAACCCCGCUUACCCGCUCUACCCCUCCGUCGCCCAACUCCUGCACGAGAAGAGCAUCCCCGUCUCCGACGCCUCCAAGAUCCCCGCCUCCGGACCCAAGGGCCGCCUGCUGAAGGGUGAUGUCCUCGCCUACCUGGGCCAGAUCGCAAACGACUACCCAGCAUCGCAAGCCGCGACCCUCGCCAAGCUCCAACCCCCCAAGCCCGUCGCCGCCGAGCCCAAGCAAGAAGAAGUCGUCGCCGCGAAGCCCCCACCCAUGGCCUCAGUCGCCAUCACCAUCUCCCUUGCCGCUGUCCUCUCCGCCCAGCGCAAGCUCCAGGACAGCUUGGGCGUGACGGUCCCUCUAUCCCGCUUCCUAGCCAUCGCUACCGACCUGGCAAACGACGACCUCCCCCGCGCGAAGAACUUCAAGCCCUCCGCCGACGAACUCUUCGAUGAGAUUCUCGGCUCCGAGCCCAUCCUCUCAUCACGCGGUGAUUAUAUCCCCGAGCUGAACGCCUUCGAGGCGUACGAGGCCAGUCGCUCGGAGCCUGUCGUCGAGGAUCUCAUUGAUAUUCUCAGCGCCAAGCCGGGCAAGAAGGCCGCCUCUGCUAUCGCCGAGCCUGCCUUUGAAGAUGAGGCUGCUGGUGCCGCCAACGUUUUCAGUCUGACUGUCCCCGCUGGUGAGGAGGUUCGUGCUAGGGCUUUCCUUGAGCGCAUUAAGGCUCUCCUUCAGGUUGAGCCUGCUAGGUUGGUCAUUUAA